AUGGGCCGCAACAAACCGCGAUCGAAGGCGGUGGAUGUUACGAAGAGUCUCCUGCAGCCAACUAGUAUCACUGACCACAUUGCCGUCCAGAUAGCGGCAAACAACGUCAUUCAGGUGGCUGAAGAUGACCUCAGCCCCACGCAGGGAAGCGAGGCAGCCUUUGCUCUUCGGCGUGAGGGCAAGCUGGAUGCCUCCAUGAAGCUGUGCCUCAACUGGCGCCAGGGCAACUGCCACAACCAUGCCGCGUGUUCCUUUGCCCACGUCAUUCCGUACUUCGCCGUGAGCAGCGACGGCAGUGGUACCCCGGGAACACCGGGUAAGCCGGCCGGCUUCAACGCCGACGGUGGCGGGGGCUUCACCUACAGCAGCGCCGCUGCGGGCAGCGAGGCAGGCGGGCGCGGCGGUAACGCUGGCUCCAGCUCGUUGUGGCCGCCGAGAGUGUCAUCACCUUUGUACCCCGCCACAACCUUGGGCCAGCGUGGAGAGGAAGACAAGACUCUGCCAGCAGCGGCAUCAGCGCAAUUUUCUGCUGCCGCCGCCGCUUCUGUGAAACCGGAGAUGGCGGAGUCGACUGAUACGACAGAGGUGGGGUUAAUGACGCCGUCGUCGAACGCUUCGGCACCACCGCUGACGUUAGUGUCAGCUGAUGGGCUGCGCUCCAUCCUUGUGUCGCUUACCGCCGCCUUGACGAACAAGGCGGCCUUGAGCGCUAUUAGUGACCCCGCCGAACCCACUGAUGCGGAUGACGACGUCGACUUCACUCAACCGCACGCUGCGUGGCUUCGAGAGAUUGCUGAGCGCGCGGAAGAUGGGGAAAGGGCGACGUUGACCGAUGUUGCCUACUCUUGGCAACAGCCCCUGAAAGCGUCGAUGGCGGAGUUCGUUGAGGUAGCCGGCAAGAGUCUACUAGGUGAGCCCCUGUGGCAGGGCUGUAGUGCUGUGGACCUCUACCACUCACUCGCCGACCGCGCCACUGCGGCUGCUGCAACCUCUGUGCGUCGGUGCCGGGAGGCCGCACAGUCGCAGGCACAGGAGGAGGCAGCUGGCCACGUCGCGGCUGCCGACCCUCGUGCGUUCUCCACCGCACCGACGACGGCUGAUGCCGGCGCUGUUGGUGCUAGGACAGCGCCUCUCACCCUUGUAGACUUGCUGUUGGAUGAGGUGGGGAGUGCGGAUGCGGAAGACGACAGCGCACCGGCACUGCCCCUCUUCUAA